AUGUUUGUCAGCUACCUGAUAUUAACAUUGCUCCACGUUCAAACAGCAAUGUUAGCAAGACCUGGGGGAGAGAGCAUUGGCUGUGAUGACUACCUAGGCUCAGACAAAGUCGUGGACAAAUGUGGGGUGUGUGGAGGUGACAACACAGGCUGUCAGGUCGUGUCAGGCGUGUUUAAGCAUGCCCUCACCAGCCUGGGCUACCACCGCGUCGUGGAGAUUCCCCAAGGAGCCACAAAAAUCAACAUCACCGAGAUGCACAAGAGUAACAACUACUUGGCCUUGAGGAGUCGUUCUGGCCGCUCCAUCAUCAACGGGAACUGGGCAAUUGACCGUCCUGGAAAAUAUGAGGGUGGAGGGACGAUGUUCACCUACAAGCGCCCCAAUGAGAUUUCGAGCACUGCGGGAGAGUCCUUUUUGGCUGAAGGUCCCACUAACGAGAUCUUGGAUGUCUAUAUGAUACACCAACAGCCUAACCCAGGAGUCCACUACGAGUAUGUCAUCAUGGGGACUAAUGCCAUCAGUCCUCAGGUGCCACCUCACAGGAGACCAGGGGAACCCUUCAAUGGCCAGCUGGUGACAGAAGAUAGGAGCCAGGAGGACAGAGAAGGGAAAGAGAGACAUGAGGAGAAGGAAGACGUUCAUAGUGAGGCACCUGAAAUAUUCACCUCAGAGUCUGCGCAGACCUUCCCGGUCAGGCAUCCAGAUAGAUUUUCUUCCCAUCGACCGGACAGUUUGGUGCCACCAGCACCACAGCCCCCAAGGCGAAGCCGGGAUCAUAAUUGGAAGCAGCUGGGGACAACAGAGUGCUCCACAACCUGUGGGAAAGGAUCGCAGUAUCCUAUUUUUCGCUGUGUGCACAGAAACACUCAUGAAGAGGUUCCUGAGAGCUACUGUGACUCCAGCAUGAAGCCAACUCCCGAGGAGGAGCCCUGCAACCUCUUCCCCUGCCCAGCCUUCUGGGACAUCGGGGAGUGGUCUGAGUGUAGCAAAACCUGUGGCCUGGGCAUGCAGCACCGCCAGGUUCUGUGCCGCCAGGUGUACGCCAACCGCAGCCUAACGGUGCAGCCCUACCGCUGCCAGCACCUGGAAAAGCCUGAGACCACCAGCACCUGCCAGCUCAAGAUCUGCAGCGAGUGGCAGAUCCGUUCCGACUGGACCUCGUGCUCAGUGCCCUGCGGUGUGGGACAGAGGACCCGCGACGUGAAGUGUGUGAGCAACCUCGGGGACGUGGUUGACGAUGAGGAAUGCAACAUGAAGCUCCGGCCGAAUGACAUCGAGAACUGCGACAUGGGGCCCUGUGCCAAGAGCUGGUUCCUCACCGAGUGGAGUGAAAGGUGCUCGGCGGAGUGUGGAGCUGGAGUGCGCACACGCUCGGUGGUGUGCAUGACCAACCACGUCAGCAGCCUGCCUCUGGAAGGUUGUGGGAACAACCGGCCUGCAGAGGCCACCCCGUGUGACAAUGGGCCCUGCACCGGCAAGGUGGAGUGGUUCGCUGGGAGCUGGAGUCAGUGCUCCAUAGAGUGUGGGAGUGGGACACAACAGAGGGAGGUGAUUUGUGUUAGGAAGAACGCAGACAACUUUGAAGUGUUGGACCCCUAUGAAUGUUCCUUCCUGGAGAGACCCCCCAGCCAGCAAUCCUGCCACCUCAAGCCUUGUGGAGCUAAAUGGUUUAACACAGAAUGGAGCAUGUGCUCCAAGAGCUGCCAGGGUGGCUUCCGGGUCCGGGAAGUGCGGUGUCUGUCAGAUGACAUGACUCUAAGUAAUCUCUGUGACCCUCAGUUGAAACCAGAAGAGAGAGAAUCUUGUAACCCUCAGGACUGUGUCCCUGAAGUUGAUGAAAACUGCAAGGACAAGUACUACAACUGCAACGUGGUGGUCCAAGCGCGGCUCUGUGUCUACAACUACUACAAGACUGCCUGCUGUGCCUCUUGCACCCGUGUUGCCAACAGACACGGGGGCUUCCUGGGGAGCAGAUAACACUCCUGCACCCCGUCAGCAGGGCAGCAUGACCUGCCCUCCCAGGAGCUCUAAGCAGUGUGCCUGGCUGGCUGCUGUUCCUUCAGGGGCUCCCAGCCCAGGGCACUGCCAGCCAACUUAGUCACCACCCCUGCCUUCGGUAAAGUGUGCCUCAUGGUACCCUGGAGCUUUGUACACAGGAUGCUCGAAAGCCACGGUUGGUCCUUUAAGCAUCGCCAUGUACUGUACUGAGGAUCCCUUCCUUGGGACUUGGCACCUCCUAAUGGUGCUCUCUGAAAACCACACAGUUGGAAGCACAUACAGCUCUCAGCCCACCUCCCAUCCUGGCACUUUCCAAGUUAGCAAAUGGGCCACUGCCUAAGAGCUGCCUUGUCCCUGGUGCUACUGGUCUUUCCGAAAUGAGCGCCCAAUCCCAGAGCCUCACUAAGCCCUGCUGAGAUGUGUGCCUCCCUCUCUUACCUCAGCCCAGCUGUGCCUAAUUUCAUUCUCAAAGACAUUAGGCUGUUUUCCCGCCUUCUGACACAGGUAUCUCACAUUAAUAUAGUGCCUUAUUGUUUAGCAGGUGUAUUCACAGAUAUUAGCUCAUUAGCAUCUCACCACAUCCCAGAAUAGGAUGCAGGAGAUGAAUAAUUAUCCUCAUUUUGCUGAGAAGGAAACUGAGGCUCAACUCAGAUAAUUGACCUGUCAGGUUAUAUUCGCCCGUUCUGAGGCAGAGCUGAAUCCCCACCCCAAAUGUCUUACCACAAAACCCUCAUGCUUUGGCACCUCUAUCAAUAACCAGCCUGGGGCCUGACCAGAAGCCUUAGGUCUGAAGGAUGUGGCUUCAUUUAUAAUGAAGAGGCUGAGAAGUUUCCCAGAAUGCAAACAAAGCCCAGACCUUCGAAAUCUUCUCUCCAGCCAAGGUCAAGUCUUUAUCCCCAGCACUCCACUGGUUCAGACGUUUCUUCCUAUUUUCCCUUCCCCACAAAGUUACAGAUCCUAGUUGCAGGACUCUCUGUAGGGUUUGUUAAACUCCAUCCUUAGGAGAACUGUCCCAUGAGACAAGAAGGCCACUGAAGGACCAAAGUGGUACCUGAAAUUCUGAUUCCAUUCCAAGCGAUAUGUUCCUCCUGUAUAUCAUACGUCAGGGUUCCUGUGGCCACGGAGCCUUUCCUAUGGCAGAGCAGACUUCCCCAGCUCAUAGCUCCGUGCUCUGGGCCCUUCCUCAGCCAUCUCUCCCAGGCUUCUAACUGUGCAUCGCCUGGUGGAAAGUCUAGCCAAUCUGUCCUAGCAAAAACUCUAGAAAUUGUCCCUUUGGUCUUUCUGGUUUCAUUUAUGGAUUUACCUCUGUGGUCCCACCUCCAUCCCUACACCGCCCUCCAGACUCUAGCACCAGGAUCUGCAUUAAUCAGCCAGCCUGGGAGAAGGAGCUGUGAGCCCCUCCCCAUCAUUCCCGAUUCCCAUCACUCAACUGUGUAGUUCCAGAGGCCUCGGCCUGAAGGGAGAUGCAGCUCACAUUGAAAGGGGAACUAUCUGAGAAACCAGUUAAGGGGAAAACGUGUAUUUCAUCUAUUAAGAAAAAUAUCAGGCAAAACAAAUUGUAAACUCAUAGAAAAUUCUCUUAUAUAUAGUCCUGAGCAUAUUUUGCUUUUAAAGCAAGCCUGGAUUCUUAGCAGCUAAGUUUCUCCCAUGAGCUCUUACCUGAAACUCUGCUCAUUUGAUGAUCAUUUGCAGCUUUUGGAAGCAGUUUUACCAGCUCGGUCUGACACACUCCAUUAGGUUUCCACUAACCUCAGACUCUCCGAAAUUCUGUGGAUAUUCUUCCAGCUUCUCUUUCUGGAGCACCCCAGGCACCAUUUCCCAAAGCAUCCUAUCUCUCUCUCUCUCUCUCUCUUUUUUUUUUUCUUUUUUUUUGGCGGCUGGCCGGUACAGGGAUCCAAACCCUUGGCCUUGGUGUUAUAUAUGCUCUAACUAACUGAGCUACUGGCAAGCACCCCCCGCCCAUCUCUUGACUGUCGCUUAACUCCUACAGAUGAGCAGCCUGGCAGAGGCCCAGACUCCAUGCUGCCCAAGCAAGAAGAGACCAGAGAAGCCAGCAUAUUGUCAGUUUCUGGACAAUGCCCGCUCUUUCCGUCUUACUACUUGCUUUGCUUCUGGUCACAAGGGAGUUUUGCCUUAAUGCAGCUGCCCUUAGAUCUUGCUGGACAAGCCAAUCAUUUGCAGGAUUACUUGGAAGAGGUUUUCUUUACAUUCUGUGUAGGGCAAGAUCAAUGGGCAGAAGAGACAAAGGCUGACUUUAGCCCAAGCUGAGGGAAAAUGUUCUAGCUACCAAAGCCACCCAGUAGAGGCACAGGCCACCAUAUACCAGGGAGCUUUGUGUCGUUACAGAGAUUUCUCUACUAUCAAGUGGGAGGUGAACAUUCUGGUCCUUCCAACUCAGGAAUUCCCAUGACUAGAAUUCAAUGAUGGCUUUGUCUCUUUGAAGUCUAACAGUGACUUGUGGCUCCCAAAUGUCACCUAACAAUUCUGUAAAAGAACAAUGAUCCGCCCAUGAGAAUAACCACCCUGCCAAUAGUGUUGGAGCAAAUGGAUCAACCCCAGGUCUCCAGGGAGGGAAACCACCUAAACGAGGGGUCUUUUUCUCCUUCCAACAAACAGGAGCUGUUCUUGGACUUUGUUCAUCUUUGGAAGGUUAUAAAUUACUAGAAUAGGGGUUUAUCAAUUUAUUUGUCUUAAAGAUCCAAUUUUUACUAAUUUCCUAGUUUCUUAUUUCCGCAUCUACAUGCCUGUCUGCCCAGCACAACACGUCAAAUCAGGGCUUUGGGUAUUUCCAGUGAUGACUCCCCUGGGGAGGGAGUCUAAGGAAAGCUCUCCUAGGGUGGCUCCCGGCCCCCUUCCUCAGCACCCCUAUGUCACCUUCUCCUUCCCAGGAUCUGCCAUCUCCUUCUCAGUCCUCUCCAUGUUCCCUUAACUGGCCCUCAAGUGGAACUGAAAUUUACAUUUUUAUACUGUUUUUUUCCCUGUGUACUGGAUUGCCUCAUUCUCUGCUCUGAAAUUUAAAAUCAGGUAAUAGUAGGGCUGUUAUAUUAUUUUGUCACAAAAGUCAACCAAGCUCCAAACAAAAA